AUGUCCAUAGUCGAGAAUUCGUCCAUUGCGAACAAAAUGCAAAAUCCAAGCUUCAUUCUCCGCAAGAAGAGUGAUGGGCUAUCCGUCACGUAUGAAGAAAGACCAAUUCCUGAGGUUGGUCCGCAAGAUGUGUUGGUGGAGGUUAAGAAAACGGGUGUGUGCGGCUCGGACGUUCACUACUGGCAACACGGCGCUAUAGGCUCAUUUGCAGUCAGUUUGUGUCCAAAUGGCAUGUGCUUGGGCCAUGAAUCAUCAGGGAUCGUCGUCAAGGUCGGCACAGAUGACAAAGUCAAGGUGAAGCCGGGUCAGCGCGUGGCUAUGGAGCCUGGCUUCGGCUGCGGUGUUUGUGUCGAUUGUAAGAGCGGUCGUUAUGAAUUAUGUGAAUUCAUGACAUUCGCCGCUACACCACCCUUCGAAGGAGGUACUCUCUGCCGCUACUUCAAGCUCCCAGCUGAUUUCGUCCACCCUAUUUCUGACACACUAUCUCUUGAAGAGGGUGCUAUGAUGGAGCCACUUAGCGUUGCAGUACACGCUGCUGCCAAAAUCGGUGAAAUUAAAGUAAAUGACAAUGUUAUCGUGUUUGGUUGCGGUCCUGUUGGAUUGCUGUUGAUUGCUACGGCCAAAGCCCUCGGCGCAAGACGUAUUAUUGCAGUAGAUAUCAACCAGGAGAGAUUAGCAUUCGCGAAGCAAUACGCGCAAACUGACUCUUUUCAGCCACCUGCAAAGAGUGAAACAGAGUCGCAGGACGAGUACAUGUCAAGGGUGGUUGCAAAUCUUCAUAAAUCGCUUGGUGUUGAAGCGAGGGGAGGCAAUGGAAUAGACUUGGUGUUGGAGGCUAGUGGAGCGCAACCAUGUAUUACAAUGGGACUGCAUUUCUUGAAACCUGCAGGCAAAUUCGUACAAGUGGGCAUGGGUAGACCAGAUAUUCAAAUACCAGUUGGAGCUAUGAUGUCCAAGGAAAUCCAGUACAGGACAUCGUUCAGAUAUGGACCAGGCGCUUAUGAUCUCGCCAUCGAUCUCGUCAGUCAAGGCAAGAUCAAUCUCAAGGAGCUGCACACGCACUCGUUCGCGUACAACGAUGCACUCAGCGCUUUCGACUCAACAAAGGCGGGUAAAGGCAAAGACGGGAAGAGUCUCAUCAAGGCUGUAAUUGACGGUCCUGAGCCUUUGUAA